AUGCUUUCCCGGUCACUGCUGCGCUCCAGAGCUGUGGGAGCUUUCCCCCUCUCCGCCAGGAAUCAUGGCCGCUUCCUGUCUACCACCGCCAUCCGCUCCGAUGACAAGCUUAACAAGAUCUCCUCCAACAUCACCCAGCCCAAGGCCCAGGGUGCUUCCCAGGCUAUGCUCUACGCCACCGGCCUCUCUGAAGCUGACAUGAACAAGGCUCAGGUUGGUAUCUCGUCCGUCUGGUACGAGGGAAACCCUUGCAACAUGCACCUUAUGGACCUCUCUGCCCACGUCAAGGAGUCUGUCGCCAAGGCCGGUCUUAUUCCCUACCGAUUCAACACCAUCGGUGUCUCUGAUGGUAUCUCCAUGGGUACCACCGGUAUGCGAUACUCCCUCCAGAGCCGAGAGAUUAUUGCCGAUAGUGUUGAGACUGUCAUGAAUGGUCAAUGGUACGACGCCAACGUCAGCUUGCCCGGUUGCGACAAGAACAUGCCCGGUGUUGCCAUUGCUAUGGGUCGUGUCAACCGUCCCAGCAUCAUGGUUUACGGUGGUACCAUUAAGCCCGGUUGCACCAAGCAGGGCGAGUCUAUCGAUAUCGUCUCUGCCUUCCAGGCCUACGGUCAAUACAUCACCGGCGAGAUCACCGAGGAGCAGCGAUUCGACAUUAUCCGAAAUGCCUGCCCUGGUGGUGGUGCUUGUGGUGGCAUGUACACUGCCAACACCAUGGCUACUGCCAUUGAGACUCUGGGACUUACCCUUCCUGGUAGCAGCAGCAGCCCUGCUGAGGACCCCAGCAAGAUCGCCGAGUGUGAGGCUGUUGGACCUGCUAUCCGCAACAUUCUCAAGGAGGAUAUCCGACCUCGUGACAUCAUGACUCGCCAAGCCUUUGAGAAUGCCAUGAUCGUCACGACCAUCCUUGGUGGCAGCACCAACGCUGUUCUGCAUCUUAUCGCUAUUGCCGACUCUGUCGGCAUCAAGCUCGAUAUCGAGGACUUCCAAAAGGUUUCCGACCGCACUCCCUUCCUUGCCGACCUAAAGCCAUCCGGAAAGUGGGUCAUGGCCGAUAUGCACAAGAUUGGUGGUACCCCUGCUCUUCUCAAGUUCCUCUUGAAGGAGGGCAUCAUUGACGGCUCAGGUAUUACCGUCACUGGUAAGACCAUGAAGCAGAACGUCGAGGAGAUGCCUGGAUUCCCUGAGGAUCAAACCAUCAUUCGCCCCCUUAGCAACCCCAUCAAGCCUACCGGUCACAUCCAGAUCCUCCGUGGAUCUCUGGCUCCUGGAGGAUGUGUUGGUAAGAUCACUGGUAAGGAGGGUCUCCGAUUCGAGGGUAAGGCCCGUGUCUACGACUCCGAGCCUGCUUUCAUCUCUAGCCUUGAGGCUGGUGAGAUCAAGAAGGGUGAAAAGACUGUCGUUAUUAUCCGAUAUGAUGGACCCAAGGGUGGCCCCGGUAUGCCUGAGAUGCUGAAGCCUUCUUCUGCCAUUAUGGGCGCUGGCCUUGGACAGGAUGUCGCCCUUCUCACUGACGGUCGCUUCUCUGGUGGUUCUCACGGUUUCAUUAUUGGUCACAUUGUCCCUGAGGCUAUGGAGGGUGGCCCUAUCGCCCUUGUCGAGGAUGGUGACACCAUCGUUAUCGACGCCGAGUCUCGUGCUAUCGACCUCGUUGUUCCCGAGGCCGAGGUUGAUCGCCGUCGCAAGGCCUGGAAGGCUCCCGCUCCCCGAUACACCAAGGGCACACUCAGCAAGUACGCUCGACUGGUGACGAAUGCCAGUGAGGGCUGUGUCACCGACAGCGGUCUCAAGAACUAA